AAGUUUUGCUGGGAGAAACCGGUGCCCGAAAGCACGUCGCGAGGUUCCUCCUCCGCCAGGUGCGCCGGCUGAGGCCGGAACCUUUUUCCUCCCGCCGCGGUAGCAGGGCGCAGGCCGGAACCUUUCUUCUCGCGUCGCCGUUGCCGGGGGGGAGGCGUGUGGGGCAGGACCAGUCCUCCAGCGGCCGGGGUCGCGCCGCGGUCGCCGGCCGCUUACGUGGGCGGGCCUAGUGUGGGGCUGCGGGUGCGGGUCACUAUGGCGGUGGACAUCACGCUGCUAUUCCGGGCCAGCGUCAAGACCGUGAAGACGCGGAACAAGGCGCUGGGAGUGGCGGUGGGCGGCGGGGUCGAUGGCAGCCGGGAUGAGCUGUUCCGCCGGAGCCCCCGGCCCAAGGGCGACUUCUCCAGCCGGGCCCGCGAAGUGAUUUCUCACAUUGGCAAACUGAGAGAUUUUCUUCUGGAACACAGGAAAGAUUAUAUUAAUGCUUAUAGCCAUACCAUGUCUGAAUAUGGGAGGAUGACAGACACAGAACGAGACCAGAUAGACCAGGAUGCCCAGAUAUUCAUGAGGACCUGUUCAGAAGCAAUUCAACAACUACGAACAGAAGCUCACAAGGAGAUACAUUCCCAGCAAGUGAAGGAGCACAGGACCGCUGUUUUGGAUUUCAUUGAAGAUUACUUGAAAAGAGUAUGUAAACUUUACUCAGAACAGAGAGCCAUCCGAGUUAAAAGAGUGGUGGAUAAGAAAAGAUUAUCUAAGCUGGAACCAGAACCAAAUACAAAGACAAGAGAAUCCACAUCUUCUGAGAAAGUUUCACAGAGUCCUUCAAAAGACUCUGAAGAAAACCCUGCCACUGAAGAACGUCCAGAAAAGAUUUUGGCUGAAACACAACCUGAAUUGGGAACGUGGGGAGAUGGCAAAGGCGAAGAUGAGUUAUCCCCAGAAGAAAUACAAAUGUUUGAACAGGAAAAUCAGCGACUAAUUGGUGAAAUGAACAGCUUGUUUGAUGAAGUGAGGCAAAUCGAAGGGAGAGUGGUUGAGAUUUCCAGACUCCAAGAGAUAUUCACGGAAAAGGUUUUGCAACAGGAAGCUGAGAUUGACAGCAUUCACCAGUUAGUUGUGGGGGCAACUGAAAAUAUCAAGGAAGGCAAUGAAGACAUAAGAGAGGCCAUUAAAAACAACGCUGGCUUCCGCGUGUGGAUCCUCUUCUUCCUUGUGAUGUGCUCCUUCUCCUUGCUCUUCCUCGACUGGUACGACAGCUAGCCGGGGCCACGGGGGCCCAGCACGAGAGUCCUCAUGGGCGCUCACAGACUGCCUGCUUUCAUGUACUUCCGGUGCUGGAGCAUGGUAUGACCAGAUUUUAUCACAGUGCCAUUUGAAGGGAAAGGAGUUCAGACAGACAGACGUAUUCCCCAAAAAGGGAUACCCCAGGCUGAUGGUGUUCAGCCCAUUUAGCAGCUGAAAAAGAAAACAGUGCACACCAAUGGGAGGCAGCCUGUGUAGCCCUCAUCAGGCAAGACAGACUGAAUGCAGGAGCGGGUGAUUAGCUGCUCCUGAACUUGAGGCUGCCUUGGCAGGGGGGCUGCUCCAGUAGCAGGGGCACAGCAGGCCUCAAGAGCCCCUAAUUGUCUCAGGGUUCAAAGGAAGACACUGACCUUUCCCAUCCCGGUAGCUUCAGGGAAGAUCAUAGUUAAUAACGUCUCUCAAAAAAGGAUUACUUCUUUGUUUCCUUGUGGCUUCUUGUCUGAGUCAACGAAUACACAGACUUACUGGAUUAUAGAAGAGAAAAUUCACAUCUGCCUUGUUUAUCUAAUAAAUAUAAUUACAGCCCCUUAA